AAGUGAAGGGAGAGCCUUUCAACAGGCCAUCUCACCCUCACGUGACCUUACACAAGCUGUGGUGGAACUGCAAAAUUUCACUGUGAUUGGUUGCUUUAUUGGCUUGCUACCAUCAAUGCUGCUGCACGGCAAACCAUCCCCUUGAUUUGGCAGCGGAUUUACACAGCUAUCAGGAAAGGGGGAAGUUACGCCUCUGAGAUCUCCAGAUCUCUGAGGGCAACUUUCUUCGAAAUCAGAGAACUUCCUGAUAGAAGGUGAGAAGAAGACACAAUGAAAUAAUCUUUACCAGGAAUAUGAUCAUCAUUUCAAGAAUCUUCCAAGGGUGUUUCUCUUUCCUUCACGUACUGUAGGUUGUGUAAAGAUGGAGGAUUUGCCUGAAAUGUACACUGUCCUCCAGGGCGAGGUUGCAUCUGUAACCGAAUAUGGAGCAUUUAUCAAAAUUCCUGAUUGCAAACGGCAAGGUCUUGUUCACAAGUCGCACAUGUCAGCAAGUCGGGUGGAUAAUCCGUCUGAGAUUGUUGAUGUUGGAGAAAGGGUCUGGGUUAAAAUAAUUGGGAAAGAGGUAAAGGAUGGCAAAGUCAAGCUUUCUCUUUCAAUGAAGGCUGUCAAUCAAGGAUCUGGGAAGGAUCUCGAUCCCAAUAACGUUGCUCUUGACCAGGACGAGAGGAGGAAACGCAAGUUCAAAGACUUUACAGGGCAAAAGAUAAAACUUGAAGCUGUUCUAAACACAGUUUGCAAAAAAUGUGGAUGUAAGGGACAUUUUGCAAAAGACUGCUUUAUGCAGCCUGGGGGUGUUAGAUACAGCCUAGUUCCUGAUGAUGAGGUGGAACCAGCCGACUGCUCCAGACAAUCUGAAUGUCAACCUCCAAAGAAGAAAAAGAAGGAAAAAGAAAAGAAACGGAAGAAGAGUAAAGACAAGUUAUCUUCCUCCGAGUCCUAUUCUUCUGAGAUGUCAGACUCAGACAGUAGGCAGGAGCGUGCUGAUAACAAAACACUUAAGCAUUCAGAAAAGACUGAACGAUCACACAAGAAGAAAAAGCAUAAAAAACACAAGCAUAAGAAGUCCAGAAAGACAGAUUAAGGAAGAGUAUCUGAUGUAGAAAACCGGAAAUCCUAUCUUUUGUGCUCAAGUUGUUGGUAUAUGAAAUCUUAACACUCAAGGAGGUUGAAAUGAUGUGGUUCCUUAGAAUAAUUUACUGUUUUGCAUUCUAUUUACCCCGAAAUGGAAUCCAAUUUGAAAUACACUCUAUUGUUCUGUAGUAGCAAAAUGUUAUUACAAAAUGAAACAGUUCAAAUAUUUUCUAGUCAAAGCACAUCUCACUGCUCCAACCUGAAUAGUUCAGCCGUACAAUUGCACUUUAAGAUAUUCACAUAGAAAUACUUCACCUUGUUUGUAUAAAAUUCCUUUGCUCACUAUUUUAAUAGAAUUGGAAACUGCUUAUUUAAAAGGAAUUAAUAUCAUCAUUAAAAUACUAGACAGAAGAGUCAGGAAUUUCUUAUGAAUAUAUUAAGUAUUCGUACAUAGCAUCACAACUCCAAGGCAUUGCAUUACCAGUCUACUUCACCCAGUUCACAAUUUUCAAUGCUUUUGUUACAUCACCUUAUCCGAAGAUACAUUUUCUUCAAUGUAACUAUGUAGAUUUUAAUAGGAAUCUUUAGCUUUGAAUUUUGAUUCGGAGAACAGUUUCAGUAAAUUGUUUCUUUUUGCAAAAAAAAAAUCUGUAUUCAGCUACUAGGCAGUUCAGUGGGUUAAGAUACUUCUGGAACCUUUUUGUUUAGGAUUUAUGGGAUGCAAGCUUUCUUUUUCUGUCUAUGAUAAAAUAAUCUAUCUUGGAAAAGUCAGAGAGUCACAACCCAGUUUCCAAUCAAAACCAAAACAUUUGGAGGCGUAUUGAGUAUAAAAGAGAAUUUGGCAACUUUUGCAGGUUUAAAUGCAGAUUAGUAGCUCAACGAGUGACAUUAAUGUUGAUGUACUCUUAUUUAGCUCCUUGGCUAUUAUACAUCCAGCCUCACAGUAAAUAGGCCUACCGAGUGUACGCGUGUGAACUUUUUUCUCUUUUAAUUUUCAGCUCCUUUUAAAAAAAAUUAUUGCCUACUCCAUGAAUGAGGUAAAAAUGAAUUUGCAUUAUUGUAACCCUACUGCAAUAGAAUUUGAACGUCUUACUUCGAAAGAAGUGGUAGAGAAGGUCCAGGGGAAAGUAGUAAUGAUGAUUGUGGGGCUUAAACCUCUUAAGCUUAAGAAAAAAAAGUUGGGAGAGUACAGGAUGCGAUUUAUAUACAAUCGGUGGGAAUGUUGAGCUGAACGGCCUUUUGUUAAUUCAUAUUUAAUGUCACAAAAGACCUGUAAUGAAGGUCGUGGCCUUGGAAUAAAUUGAGGUUUAUUUCACAGUUUAUAAUAAAGAUUCGCUGGUACAGUGUUAA